AUUACUACAAAUCGCCAUUUAUUUUAUUGCGGCUUCAAUCUGGCGCUCUACACUGAAUACCAACCACGUCGUGGUCGUCCACGUAACUCUUUGCCUCAAAUGGGUGAAUUCGAUUUAAGUUUAAUUGAAGAAUUCCGUCAACGCACCAGCCUCUAUGAUCGCAAUUCGCUGCAGUUUAAGGAUAAGCUGUACAAUGCCCAGCAGUGGCAGGAGAUAUCCAAUAAAUUGGGCUAUGAUGUUUCCAUCCUAAAGGAUCGCAUGUUACAGCUACGUAAUCGUUACAAUUUGGAAAAGCGCCGCAUGGAACAGUUGCGUGAAGAGGUUCCAGGGAAAUAUCAUGAGUCCCCCUGGCCUCUGUACGAUAGCCUACAGUUCCUAUCGAAUCACAUUAAGGCCCGGCGCAGAUAUAAAAGCAUCUUGCCGGUGAAUAACAAUCACAAAGAGGAAGAUAGUCAAAUGAAUGAUUCGGGUAAUGAUUACAGUGCCAUGGGACCAGAUGAUAAUGCCGCCAUGGUGGAUGAUGAUGGCGAUAGGGAUGAGUCACAAAGUGGCCUACAGCCAUAUCCUAAUGGUUUGCUAACCGUUAAGGUGGAGGAUGAUGCAUCCGAGGAACAAGGAUCCGAAGAGGAGGCGGUUGAGUCCACAAAUGACUAUGGCCAGCAAAUGCUGCAGCGUCAACAACAACAGCAUUUGCAGCAUCAGCAGCAGCAACACUUACAGCUUCAGCAACAGCAGCAGCAGCUGUUGUUGCAAAGGCAAUUGGCCCAGCAUCAGCAGCAACAACAACUACAACAGCAGCAACAACAGAACUCUCGACACUCAGCCCGCAUUUCAAAACGUCACAACAACAGCCACUCCAACCACAAUCAAAAUGAAAAUCAACGUCCACUCAGAUUACCUCAGCUAACAUCUACCCCACUGGCAGGUGGUAAUGCUGGCGCCGCCACAAAACGGCCUCAUGACAAUGAUGAGCUUUACAAUGGUGUUACCGCUUCUAAGAUAGCACGUUCUUCAAAUCCACGAGAAAAUAAAUACAAUGCAUUUGGCAACUUCAUUGCCUCUUCAUUGCUGGAUUUACCCCAAAAAAUGGCCUUGGAAUUAGUGGAGAAAUUCACCUCAGACAUUGUUAGGGCCUUAACCACGAAAAUGGACAUAAUGGAGGCUAAUGCGGCGGCAGCAGCUGAAGCUUCAAACACAAAUGACGAUCAUCAGCAGCAGCAACAGCAGCAGCAGCAGCAUCAUCUGCAGCAUCGUAAUAAUCAUCUACAAAACAGUGAACAAUGAGAUUUACUACAAAAUCAUAAAAUGACUUAUAAUUUAUUAUGCAUACACCUACAUACAUACAACCACAUACAUACAUCCGUACAUUCUUUUACAAAUGUAAGAACGUGUUUUUUAUAUUAAAAAUAUAUAAUUAGUUUCCCCGAUAUUGUCUAAGAA